CACUCCUGAAGAGUCACGUGUUUAAUGUUUUCCUCUCACUUCAAGUUUAACAGAUUCAUUUUUAGUUCCAUGUCAGAAUACAUUCGAAGAAAUAAAAGAAGCUAAAUGUGCACUGAAAAAACUGCAUCAUUUUUAUUGAUUUAAAGAAUGAGUAUUAUCGUAAAAAGAAUUUUGAAUUGCCAACGCAGCAACGUUCGCAAAUUAGUCAAUGUAAGAAUAUGUGAUCAAUUGAACCACGUGUCGUACAGCAACAAUGAAUGGAACAGAAGAACAUUCAUCGCAUUUCAACAAUUUCCAGAGGAGUAUAAAAAACAUCUUAUGUAUCGAAAAUGCACGAAUAUUGCAUCUAAUGAAAAGAUCCCUGAACAUCCGAAUCGUAAAAAUACUGAACAUUCGCAAAUGCAUUCUCUUCUACAAAAUUCAAUGUAUUACCGCAAUACUAUUGUACCAUCCAUUAAAUCGACAUUCGUUGUCACUGCAGAAGAAAUCAAGAAUCUAACUAACAUGGAUUGGUCGGCUGAAACACCAGACAAUUGUAUAUAUGCUUUAAAGAAAAUAGCUCACUAUCAUUUGAACGGUUCACGUCUAGAAGAGCAAACGUACGAAUAUAUUAUCGAAAAUCUUACCAAGAAGCUACCUGAAUUAGACAACAAGCAAAUCCAGAUGUUGAUGCAAUACUUAAUUGUAAUAACCGGCAGAAUUAGUAACUCACUUCAUCGGUCAUUUGUGAAAGCAUUGGAUAAGGAAUGUUUGAAACGAUUUUUUUCUGGAGAUAUUAAUCAGUUAUUAUAUACAAUAGAUGCAUUUUAUCAACUAAAAAUAUAUAGCUCCGCAUUUAUGUGGCGUGGAUUACGAAAGAUAGGAUCAAAACUUUAUAAAUUAAAUGGGAAAAAUAUGGUACAAUUUCUAUUUUAUUUGAGUCUCUGCAGUGUUCCUGAUCUAGAAAUGUAUGAAAUAGAACACCACUUCUUCGAAAAUGUAAUAGAUGUUACACCUGAUGAAGUAGGCAUCGCUUGUAGAGGUUUCUUUUUAUCAAAAAGGAGAAUUAAAAAUAAGGCAUUAAUGGCAAAGAUGAUGAACAUAGUUACAAACAAUAUAGAAAGAAUGCAUGACUUUACCAUAGCAGCAUUCAUGAAAGAAGUAAGGUACAGUGAGAACUGCUAUGAUACAGAGAAACUUGUAAAAUUGCUAACAAAGGUAAAAUCAAUAGUAGAAAACAUACAAUCAUUACAUACCUUAACACACAUUGCUCAUAUAAUGGGUGCUACACGUGUGUAUGAUCCUAUUUUAAUGAACCAUAUUGUUCAAAGAUUAGAUAAUGAAUUUUCAUCAGCAAGAUUAAAAGAUAUUGAAAGGAUUAUCUAUGCUGUCUGUGUAAUUACUCCUAUUUCUGAAUAUCACGAUACUUGUAACAAGUUUCUGAAUUUAUUAUUGUCAUCAUAUCAAACGACUAGAGCAAAAGAAAUUUCACAGUUUCCAAAAAAUUUUUUUCGUUGUGUUCUAUAUUUAUCAUAUAAAAAGAUCUUUCCAGAAGAACUAAUUAGACAUGUGCUAGAUCCCAUGUUCGUGAAAAACGCAUACAAAUAUAGCUUGAAAUUAUUGACAAACGAUUUCUUAUCUCUUCAUUGUACAAUUCAAAUAGAAUUACCACAUUAUACGGGUCCACUGCUGAGCGACGAUAUUUAUAAGUGUUUAGUAGAGCAGUUCUGCCGUAAGUCGGAGUUACGUGGAAAAUUCCCUCUUGUAAAAUUUCGAACAGAAGUUAUACAAUUGUGCAAGGAGCUAUUGGGAACAGACAUAUGUAUUGAUUACAUUCUACCCCAUCAUUUUUUCCCGGAUGUAGUUUUCGGUUUCGAUGAACAAAACAAAUUGGUACCAAUUGCAUCCAUUUUAUCAGAAAUGCCAAAUGGAUCAAUUAAAACUGUGCCUAGAGAGCAUUUACAAACAAUAAAGUGGAAAGUUAUAGUUCCAUUAAAUAGUAACUCUGUAGUACCAGAACAUGGUGGAUAUAUAGGUCCAACAUAUGCAAGACUGAGGCAACUUCAAAUGAUUGGAUAUACACCAAUUCCAGUAAAUAAAGAUAUUUGGCAAACCUUAGAUACUUGUGAUAGAACACAUUAUCUGAAAGAACUAAUUUACGAACAAGAACCAACUGAUUAUUUGAAAGAAUAAAUUUCACAAUAUGUAGUUAGAAAGAAAAAUGUGAACAAUUUAUUUCUCGUUUAUUUCCCAAUGGCCAUAAUGUUUUUAACCAAAUAGGUAAGUAUAUAAUUUCAUAUUGUGAUUUCUAUUUUAGUCAUACAAUUUUUAAAUAGGUUUUACAAAUAUAUCACAUAACACAUUU